UAUUUCUUUCAUAAUCAUUACCAUAGCUGCCGUUGUUGAUAAUUCAGGGUUAAUUACUUGCUAAAAAGUGUAGCAGAACAAUUUAGCACGGCUUAGUCUGUUCAUUGAUUAAGUUUACAAAUGUCUGCAGUCUAUCACUGAUACAAAUGUUACUGGAGUUUUAUAUAAUUGGCUUUUACUGAAGGGCUGCAGCAAAAAUGAGGCUUAGUCCAACCGGCAAAGUCAGCUGAUUGUACUUCCAUUGCGUGGUUUUUCAUUGGGUUUUGGGCAACCAUGUGGGAGGAGAACUGCCAUAGUGAGUUACUGGGUUAACUUAUGUAUUCAUUCACAUUGCAGCAGCAUGCAGCUUAGAUACAGCUACAGAUGUGCUGAAGCCUGGCAUUGAAAAGGAUGUCAUGGCAGCUGCAAAGAGUCUAGCAUUUCAGUUACGCUUACUGCACCGGGCUGGCCUGUCACAAUAUAUCUUACUGUAUUGGUAUUCAUGAGGCUACAUCUCAAAUCCUGUGUAAAGUUUUGGGCCCCUCACUACAAGAAAGACUUUGACAUUCUGGAGUGUGUCCAGAGGAGGGCAACAAAGCUGGUGAAGGGGCUGGAGAACAAGUCUUAUGAGGAGCGGCUGAGGGACCUGGGGCUGUUUAGUCUGGAGAAAAGGAGGCUGAGGGGAGACCUUAUUGCUGUCUACAACUACCUGAAAAGAGGUUGUAGUGAGGUGGGUGCUGGCCUCUUCUCCCAAGUAACAAGCGAUAGGACAAGAGGAAACUGUCUCAAGUCACACUCGGGGGAGGUUUAGUUUGGAUAUUAGGAAAAAUUUCUUUACCAAAAGAGUGGUCAAGCUUUGGAAUGGGCUGCCCAGGGAAGUUGUGUAGUCACCAUCCCUGGAGAUGUUCACAAAACAUGUAGGAGUGGCACUUCAGGACACGGUUUAGUAGGCAUGGUGGUCUUCAGCUGAUGGUGAGACCUGAUGAUCUUAGACAUCUUUUCCAGCCUUUAUGAUUCUCCUGGAGAUAGACAUAUUUAUGUCAACACUUAUAUCAUAAUGUUCUCUCUGCUUUAUGGAAAAAAGUGAGGAAAGAAUUGCAAAGAAGCGUCAUUAAAGGUAAGGAUGACUCUCCAGCUGGUUUUCUCUAUUCUGGCAGUCUCCUGUUACAUGAAAUUUUGAAUCUGUUACAAAUAGAAGGCUCUGGAUGUAUGCAUAGUUUCCAGUGAAAAGGGUGGGAACUAGGACCACUGAGCGUCUUUCAGCAAUGAGCUCUUUCUACUAUCCAGUCAGGAUCUCCCAUCUCCUGAUUCCAAGAAGCAGAAAAAAACCCAUGUGCUACUAUCCAAGAGAAGGUGAGUUUUAGAAUUACACUCCUUUAGAGGGCAACUGGACCCUGGAAACUCCACACAGCUCUCUGAUUUUACUUGUAUUACACUGUUUGCAGUGAAUUAAGCCUGACUGGAUGCAUUGUGGUAUUCUGCAUUCAUUUAAGCCUACACAACAUAGGGUCAUGCAACAUGUCAUCAAAAGCCUUUGGCCGCUUUACACACUGACAAGCAAGUGAAAGCAAGACAGGUCCCCUCUUGGAUACCUUUUAGAUCCAGCACAGUGCUGUCUUCAUCUUUGGAUGCCUAAGUAUCCUAAAUAUUCCUAAUUAUCUUAAUAUUAAAUUUGAGCAAGAGAGUGAUUAAUUGUUCCAUUACCUUCAGUCUCUUCAUUGAUACUGUGUCAUCAAACCAUAUUUUACAUCACUUAGGAGACAACACAUGCAAAUCAAUUAUCUGCCUGCUCUAGAAGAUUUAACAAGGGAAGGAAUUACUUCCAUCCAGUAAUGCACACAGAUUUUCUUGGGAGGAUUUUUUCUGCCUUACAAAUUCAGUUUUAAAAUAUGAUUUCAUCCUUACAAGUCUACCUGUUGGUUUCCAGCACAAGGGGCAUUGCAAACCCAGCAAGAACAACAACCUACUACGCUGUCUCAUCUUCUAAAUGCCUUUUUUUUUCCCUGCUACACAAUUUUAAAACUAUAAAUAAUUUAUUAGGAAAACAAAACCCGCCCAAGAUAAAUGUAGAUUUAAAGUUUCUUCAGAAGGAAAGGUAGUGGAUAUCCUUUCUCAAGAAAUUAAAUGACAAUUUAAUUAGCCACAAAGAAAAUUGACCUUUUACUUUACUUCCAUGGUCCAAGAUCGAACACACAAUAAUUAGAAAGGGGACUUUUUUAUCCAAAUAAUCAUCAAGAAAUGAGAUUGGGGUUUGGGUCUCUGACAGCACCUAUGCUUGCUGAACACAUCAUCUGCACAUCCUGUAGCCACAUCUGUAGAGCACAUGAGAACCGGGAGGCUGAUGCUUUUGCAUGUAAGGGGGAGAGAGCAGUGCUCUGGCACCAGUGCCAUCUUGUGCUGCCCAUGUAGCUGCUCCUGCUCACUCAGGUAUGCUGGGCACUGCAGCCCCCAUUGAACCUCAUAUAUUCACCAGUCUCUGGCAGAAAGGGCCUUCCCCUGCAGCAGUGCUUUAUCAUUUCUUUUCCUUGGUUUAUCCUCUUAGGCUCUUGCAUCAGCAGCAUACAGCACUAUCAGAUCAUUGUAUCAGCAUGUUCUUGAGACACAGCUGUUGGAGGCAGGGAGUUAUUUUGAACGUAUACAGGCUCCAAAGCAACUGCCAUUGAAGACAAAACAAAUUUAAAAAAGCCUUAAACAAAAAAUCAAGCUUAGGAGUAACCUCAUUGUUGUGUUAUGUGUUGUGUCCCUGUGCAGUCAUUCUUCUGUUCAGAUUAGUCAUGUACUUGAAGAACAGGAAGUUCACAAGAGGGCAGCCAAAUCUCAUGUGGAGAAUUAGGACCCUGGAAGGAACAAAUAGCAUGCAAACCAUAAAAAUACUAGCCUAUGAUUGCUUUGAAAUCUCAAAGCUUCAUGCAAGAUGUUUUCAAAAGUGCUUUUGCAGAACAAAACAGCCUCUGCCAUGCAAUUACAUACUCAAUUUCCAUGGAAAAGAUUUGUUUACUGAGUGUGAAAGACAUACAGCCCAGGCUGCUGGCCAGAGUCUUGUGUAAUCAUUACAGGCUGCAACACGAACACAACAGUUUGAACACCUUUAACAUAUGAUUAAUACUUUUCUCUUUUACAGAGUGAAGAGAGCUUGGACCUUUAAAGGAAGUUGAGGGCUUUAAUUAGUCAGGCCAUAGAGAAAGAACUGGACAACAAUUGUGGAGAGCAAUGAAUGUAUGCUGAAAACUCACAGGGAAACUGAUGGCAAGCUGAUUGCGAUAGAUUUUGAAUUCCAAAUGUAGAUGGACUUUCAUGUGUGGAUGCCAAAACCACAAGUGUUCCUAUAUAAUUCGAAGAAGAUAGGAAAUGCAAAAAAAUUCAAAAGCACGUAUCUGUGAUUAUUGGGAAAUGCUGUACUUGUGCAACUGCUUUAUCCCUUGGCAUGGUCUCAGAGAAUUGAUUCUGCUUUCUUAACACCAGCUACUUACUGCUGCUGAAGGCUCUUUGUUGAUUUGCACCAUAUACACUAGUGCUAAAGAGACACGAGUUUAUGCUAUUGUAGCCUAUCUGUACCACAUCUUCACCCACACAGCUCUGUCAAUGUAAUACUGACACACUGACCAGGAAAACCAGCAGCAAAGGCGACUACACACAAAAUUCUCUCAAAUGUACAAAGCAAACAAAAAAUAUCAGGCAAUCUGUGAGGUUACUGAAAAUGACACGUAUGCUAUUUUCAGAGAAACUUGAUUUGUGAGGUGAUGGUUGCUUCACAGGCAAUCAGUCACGAAGUUUAGCCUCUGCUGUAUCUUUCUUUCCCAUAGGCAGCACUUACCAUGGCCAGAACAGGUGUAGAUAAGAGCAGUGUUUUAGAGCUUGAGCUGAUAGCAUAAAAUGAGCAGAAAAUGCUGCCAAGUGAAAACAGGUUGGAAAAACACAGGAAGAGGCCAUAAAAAAGUGAAAAAUAUUUCAUGUUGGGAAGACUGGAGUCUCGGAUGUGGAUGUAAGUGAUGUGACAUCUGCUGAGCCACCUCUCUCCCGGAGCCCUUUCUCCAGUUACUUCUGGCUGGUAGCAUGCUGUCGGCAUAAAAGCAGAGGCACAAGCAGCACUGGCUGGAGCUUGGCUAAACCCAGCACCAAGUGAGGCGCAGCACAACUGCUGUAAUUUUCUGUCCUGCAGGUGAGACCCCAGCUGAUAUGCUCACAGGAGGCUGAGUGUCAGGUCACCUCUCUGGACAGGGCUGUGGUGUCAGGAUGCCACCAAGAAGCACAGCCUCUGGCACAGCUGCGUGGUGGGCACCACUCUCUGCACUUUCAGCUCUCUGCACCACUCCGAGAUCUCUCCUGCCCUGGGCAUAGGUGCCAGAGGCAGCAGCAGCAGAGGGGCUGCCAGCCAGCCUGGGGACUUGAGUGACCUGCCCUGCAGUUUCUCCUUUUGAAGCUGUGUAGAAGAUCACUUCCUCCUGAUUCUUGGUAAAAAUGUCAUCUAGUAUAGAGAUUUCACAUUGUUAUUCUGGUGCCUGCAGGCACCUUUCCAUGUGAAACAAAUGUUAAGGACCUUUUCUCUAGGAUAUUAUAUGCUUUGUUAAUAAACCACUUUGGAGAUCCUUAAAAGAAUAAUGUUCCUGGGAGUGCAGGAAAUGAUGUGCUGGUUUUAUGCUGUCUUCAGCUUUUGUGGUUUUGAGUGGCACAACAUGACACGUUGCAAUUUGUCAUUUUCACUUUUGGAGAAGCAGUUAGAAUGGAGCAAUCCAGCCAUCCCAGCUGAAUAUGCUGUUGUUAACUGACAGAGGUCUGGAGUGCAACAGGAUUCACGAGGCUGUGGUGGAGGUGCUGACUUUCAAAUCCCAAUUGCUCACAGAAAUACAACAUAUUGUCAGCAUGUACAAUAUUCAAUUUCAUGGGACAUUUCCUUUAGUGUUACCUAUGGAUGUUUGUUUAACCUUCAUCUUCCCUUUUUGUGAACACUGCAGGAAUUAUUUCUUGUGGCUCUCCUGCUUUACCGGAUACUAUGUGCACUCUGUGAUUCCCAGGGGUUUCUGAGGGCACAGACCUGAGCUUGCCCAAGCGCAUGCAUAUGUACACUCACAUACAAAUGCUGGACAAUUCAAUACCAUGAAAGCUGUCACAGGCCAAUUUACUACAGCUCAGCUUUGUCCUGUCAGCAUGGCUGAGUGGUAACAGACUGUUGUGUCUGCCACAAAUCCUUUCCUGGAGCCCUUCCAAGCACCUUAUAUGCAAUAUGGCCAAAGAUCAGUUACAGAUGUACACAGAUCAGGCAACAUCCCAAACACCUAAGUGACUGGUAUUCUUGAUCAGAAGACUUCAUCGCUAUGGAAUUAUUUCAAACAAUGUGUUCUCAUGGUGGGCGCACAAUUCCUCUGGCUAACUGAGGUCACUGCAAUAGAUUCAUGAUGUUACGUCAACAGCUAAUACUUGUCUUUGGAAUAUCACUAGUUAGUUGUAUAUGUGCACUUAGGAAAUGUUAUUCAGAAGCCCAAGUCUCCCAUUAUUAUUUCUGCAACCUCACGGAUAUUCCACUUGUGCCAAAGGAUACAGUAAAGCUUUUGCUAACUUUCAACUAUAUCAGACAAGUGACUGCAACUUCAUUUCCCCUGCUGGAGCACUUGUUGGUAUUGGAAAUCGGAACACAAUAUGUCUAUCCUGUUACCAUAGGAAAAGAAGCUUUCAGGAACCUGCCAAACCUUCGUGUCUUAGACUUGGGAUUCAAUAAGAUUCUUGAACUUGAUCUUGAUGCUUUUGUGGGCUUGUCACGUCUGACUGUACUCCGUCUAUUUCAGAACUGCCUUGGAGAUUCCAUCUUGGAGGAGCAUUACUUUCAAGAUUUAAGCUCAUUAGAAGAAUUGGAUCUUUCAGGGAACGAAAUCACGAAACUUCAGCCUCAUCCCUUAUUUUAUAAUCUAACAGUCUUGAAAACUGUGAACCUGAAAUUCAACAAGAUAUCCAACCUGUGCGAAAGCAAUCUUACCAGCUUCCAAGGAAAACACUUUUUAUUUUUUAGCCUCAGUUCUAAUCAUUUGUACAAGACAGAUGAAGUGGUCUGGGCCAAAUGCCCAAAUCCUUUCAGAAAUAUUACAUUUAUCUCACUAGAUCUUAGUGUAAAUGGCUGGAACACAGAAAAAGUCCAGUAUUUCUGUACAGCCAUUAGAGGGACUCAAAUUGGUACUUUAAUAUUUAGCUCUCAUGUAAUGGGCUCGGGAUUUGGCUUUAAUAACCUUAAAAAUCCAGAUAAUGAUACAUUUGUGGGACUAGCAAGAAGUGAUCUUCGUUUGCUUGAUAUCUCAAAGGGUUACAUUUUCUCUCUCAAUUCGUUAAUCUUUCAAAGCCUUGGUAAUCUGGAAUUGCUAAACCUUUUCAAAAACAAGAUUAAUCAAAUCCAAAGGCAAGCAUUUUUUGGCUUGGAAAAUCUAAAAAUUCUUAAUCUCUCAAGUAAUCUUUUAGGUGAGUUGUAUGAUUAUACUUUUGAGGGUCUACAUAGUGUAAUGUAUGUUGAUUUACAACAAAAUCAUAUUGGGAUGAUUGGUGAAAAAUCAUUCAGUAGGUUACUAAGUCUGAAAAUAAUUGAUCUCCGAGACAACGCCAUUAAAAAGCUCCCUUCCUUUCCACAUCUGAUUUCUGUUUUUUUAGGUGACAAUAAGAUAACAUCUGUAGCUCACACAGCAAUAGCAGCAACACAUUUUGAAUUAGAAAGAAAUUGGUUGGCCAACCUGGGUGACCUGUAUAUUCUUUUCCAAGUUCCAGAUUUGCAGUAUAUCUUCUUAAAACAGAAUCGCUUGUCUUACUGUGUAAAAAGUGAUAACGUUACAGGAAACAGUCAGUUAAUCUAUAUGGAUCUAGGGGAAAAUAUGUUACAGCUUGUGUGGGAAAGAGAUUUAUGUUUGGAUGUGUUUGGGGCACUGUCCAAACUUCAAGUCCUACAUCUGAAUAACAACUACCUUAGAGCUCUUCCACAGGAGAUUUUUAGAGAUUUAACAUCUCUAAAAAGACUUAAUCUAGCUUCCAACCUAUUGUCCCAUCUUUCUCCUGGGCUUUUUCCGCAAAGCCUGGAAAACCUAAAUUUAUCUGGAAACCAGCUUUUUUCCCCUAAGCCUGAAGUCUUUAUGACUUUGAGUAUUCUGGAUAUUACACAUAAUAAGUACGUCUGUGAUUGCACUUUAAAGAGUUUACUAGUGUGGCUAAAUGAAACCAAUGUAACCCUAGCUGGCUCACAAUCUGACAGGUACUGUGUAUACCCACCUGCAUUUGCAGGGGUGCCACUGUCAUCUCUGAUCUAUGAUGAUUGCGAUGAAGAAGAACUCCAGCAGGCACUCAGUUUCUCAGUAUUCAUCCUCACCUCUGUCACUCUUCUAAUGUUUCUGAUGGCAGUCGUCAUUUUCACUCGCUGCCGGGGGAUUUGUUUUGUCUGGUAUAAAACUAUCACCAAAAAAAUGAUAGACAGCCAUCCACAAUUAGCAGAUAACAGUGAAUACAGAUAUGAUGCAUAUCUGUGCUACAGCAAAAAUGACUUUGAAUGGGUCCAGAAUUCUUUGCUAAAGCAUCUGGAUUCACAGUAUUUUGAUAAAAAUUGGUUUAACUUGUGCUUUGAGGAAAGAGAUUUCUUGCCUGGAGAAGAACAUAUCAACAAUAUUCGUGAUGCCAUUUGGAACAGCAGAAAAACAAUUUGCAUUGUGACCAGACAGUUUCUCAAAGAUGGGUGGUGUUUAGAAGCCUUCAAUUUUGCCCAGAGCAGGUACUUCUGUGAUCUGAAAGAUGUCCUCAUUAUGGUAGUGGUUGGGUCGCUUUCUCAAUAUCAACUGAUGAAACAUAAACCAAUUAGAAACUUUUUACAAAGGAGUCGAUAUUUGCGGUGGCCUGAAGAUUACCAGGAUGUAGACUGGUUUUUAAAUAACCUUUCUUGCCAAAUUCUGAAGGAAAAAAAAGUGCGAAGGGAAGCCAGUGGUAUAGAGCUGCAAACUGUAGCAACAGUCUCGUCUUGAUAGUAUAUGGGUUGCUGGCUUUUUAAGUACCCCGUUUCCAGCUGUGCUAUCGCAGGAAUAAACAGAAUUUUACUUUCUUUCUUCGAAAAAGCGGGUAGAAGGAUAACUGUUUCACUAUAAAUCCUAUGAAACAUGGAGACAGCUUGAAAGGAACCAGCAAAUAUCUGAAAAUGCAGAUAGUUUGUGGACUAUGAGACACAUUUUCAGAAGAAUUAAAUGAAUCGCAGAUGUUUCACAUUUUGGGUGCUCAGCUUCAGGCACUUUAUUCCUGGGUUUUUUUGGACUUACCUAAGGUACUUACUACUUACAUAAGGUCUGUUUCCAUUUGAGAAGAAUGCCCACAGUUGUUUUGUCCAAAAAGAGCCCAUGGUGCUGUAUGGAAGUGACCAGGUAUGCUUUCAUGUAUGGCCUAGUCCAACUAUUGGAUUAUUAUACUUAUGGAUUCAUGGAUUAUUAUACUUACUCCUGUGCUUUCUGAACUCUUAACUUUUAAUGCUCUGUUUCAACAUAGAAUCAGUGCUUUGCACCUUUAUGCUUUAAAUCAGUGUAACACAGAUUUCAUUUAUUUGUUUUCUACUCAAUUAACCCCAGCUUCACAGCUGGAAUGUGCAAACUUAGAUCUUCAUUCAUCCUCUUCCCCUCUCCAACUUCUCUGCUUGGUGGUAAAACUAGUCACUGGUUUACUUUAUUUGCUGCUGUUUCAGCCUGGUGCUUUUUUAGUUGAACUGCUUCCUGCCCUAUAGAGAGGAGCAGGUAUCCCCUUUGGAUCUGAAGCAAGCCUGGGCUUGGAAAGCCAACAAGAAACUACCUCAGCAGCCAUGUGGGCUGUACACCGGUGACGCGGCCAAUGGCCCAGUGACUGCCAGACAGCUUUCACAUUCUGAGAUUGGAAAGUACAGAAAACUGGUGUGUUAUUUAGGUUGUUCUCUGUACAUCCUGUUCCUGUUCAAUUCAAAGACGUUUUUCUGCUUCUAAUGAAAUAUUUUGCUAGAGUCAUAAUGCUUGGUACUGUCUUACCUCUCUAAUCAUUUUACCUCUGCUUGUUCAGGUAUGUGUCUUCAAGGGGUUGUUCAGGGUCAUUUUAAUAAAAGUCUGACUCAGUGUUCACUUUUACAGAGCCUGCAUCUCUUAUUUCAAUGGCGACACACUCCUUGCAUGAACUGUUCAUCUGGUUUACACAUUUAUUCAACAAAAACUUACAAAAAUAAUUUUAGGAUGGCCUUAGUGAGUUUUUCAUUGUAAUGAGGAAGCAGAAGUGGGAGGUUUUAUAAAUUGUCUGUCUUCACCUUAGCUGCAAACAAAUAAUACCAUCUGAACUAUUUUGAUAGAGAUGAAAAUGUACAAUCCACUUCAUGUGAAUGCAAUUUUUUUAAUAUAGAUGUCCCUGUGGCUGAUCUAAUUUACUCUCAGUGCACCACUAUACAGGAUUUCUGUUGAUGAAAUUACUACAGCAAAGUAUUACUUUCUUCUCAGUCAAUGUAGUCAUUCAGGAACAGAAAAGGGCUAAAAUUUGGAAAUUUUUCAAGGGUGUAGGGGAGCAGAUUUAAAAAAGGAAUUGACUAUGGUGAUGAAGCCCUGGGUGUCGCUGUUGGAUCGCGUAACAGCUAGGACUCCCCAGACUCCCCCUGCCUCCCGGCCACUGCAGCUGCUGGCAAUGGGGACAAAAUACUAGUGCAGAAGGGAGGGCUGAAAAAGAACCAGCAGCCCUGGCUUCCCUAAGCCUCUGUGGGCUGUCAGAAAAGCCACCGUCUGCAUUACAACGCUCAGCAUUUCUUACAAUUCUCUUAAAAUGUCCAAUUCUUUUUCUUUUUUUUUUUUUUCCCCCCUGAACCAGCGCAAAUAUUUAUAGGCAACCUUUCAAGUCAGAGGCUGAACCAGAGAGUAUUUCACACUGAAAAUCACUGACAGGUAACCAAAGCAAAAAUGAACCACAUUGCAGAUGGAGGCUGUCAGCCUAUGGAUCUGUAUGUGGUGUAAGAGAUAGGAAUUUUGAAAGCAUGCUUCAGAAAUUAUCUUUAAAUGAACGUCACAAAAUAUUUUUGAUCAAAUGUGAAUUGAGAGCCCUCUUCCACUUAGGACUUCCUUGUGUACUUACAAGACACUCCUAUCACUUCAGAUACUUAAAACUUCAGCCAGUCUGUGUAAGCAGAAACAAGUUGAUACAGAUGGUGUAAAGCAAGUCU